UCGACCUGACCAAACCGCAUCGUUACCGUCACCAUGGCCGACCGCGAACAGCCCUACGACCCCUAUAUCCCCUCUGGUGGGAGCGCGCCCUCUGGGGGAAACCAGAGGACCGCAGCUUUACAGGCGCAAAUUGAUGAUACCGUGGGGGUGAUGCGCGAGAAUAUCAACAAGGUGUCGCAACGUGGAGAGCGCCUUGACUCCCUUCAGGACAAGACGGACAACCUGGCUGUAUCGGCACAGGGAUUCCGCAGAGGUGCCAACCGUGUGAGGAAGCAGAUGUGGUGGAAGGACAUGAAGAUGCGCGUGUGCCUGGUCAUUUGCGUCAUCAUCCUGAUCGUUGUCAUUGUUGUCCCUGCAGUUGUUGUGACGAAACACUGAGUCGAUGUAUACGGCAAAAUUGUUUUUGGGCACGGAUUUCGUUUUUUCUUUUUCUAAUUCCUUUACGGUGUACUCCUGGGGGAGAGUUGAAGGCCAGAUGUCUCUCGAAUGGAGCUCUGUCCUUCUGGUCUCCGCUCCAUGCUUCUCGGUCGGGCGUGAAUUAGCUGACUUCUGACGACUACUGAACCAUGCCUCCACCUUCGAUGCUGCGAGCUGACCUGACUCUGGGCGGGCGCUGGCAUACGAUUCCUCGAGGGUGAAGCUGUACAUGAUACUCCUGGUGAUUGCUGCAUGUUCUGUCUCUGUUACUCCUCCUGGUACCUCUUAGCGACUUAUAAUGAAUUGUGUGUCGGGCUUUCGAUUGCGUUGCAACAGAAACCCCCUGUCGACGUGUAACUUGUUCCAUAGAUGUAUGAAAAAAACCAUUCGUAUUCCACUGCAAGGUACUGAACU